UUGUUUUUUGUUGCUUUGCACUUUAUUGAUCUUGUUUUCCUUGCCUUGAACUGUCUUGAUUUGUUUGUUUAUGCACGCUUGAAUCUGUCACAAUAACAUCAAGUAAAGUCCAUUCAAGAUUAUAAUUUGUAGAUGCAUGCAUUAAUUCCUGAAGUGGUGAUGCAAGGCAAUUAUACUAAUAGCACGAAUGAUGAAAGAAACAACCUGCACAUAGUUGAGCUCUUGAAAACUCUGCGUGAAAAUUCGUCAAUAAGAGCAACAACAUUACUGGCAAUAAAGUCGACAUGCUUGUUGAUGAAAAAGCGGGUAAAAGUCAAGUCCAAUAGCUUCUUUGGUACCAAGGCGUUGAACCUCGGCAUCAACAAUCUGCCCGGAAUGCGUAAGGAGAUGGUCAACCAACAAUCUCAGGCGAAAAAGGCCAGUAUGCCUUGAUUGUGGCAUGCCAUGCUUUGUUCAUGGCACAUUAGAUUUAUGAAUUAUCCAGCUUGAAUAAGAAAUUGUCAUAAUUUCUCUCUAUCCUACUUAAAUUAUUACAAAUCCUAGUUUCCAAUUGUGAGAAAAACCCCCCUAUUGAUUUAGGACUCAAGAACCAAAAACGAAGAGCAAAAAAGCAGUAGAUGAAAGAGUCAAGCGAAGGGGAGAAUGAAUCAAUUGCUCAUGGUGGACCCAUAUACGUUCCCAAUUUGGUGGGUCCUCUCACUACAGUUCCUGACUUCCAAGCUGCUCUUCUCAGUGAGCUUCAGAAUUUGCAGUCUGAACUGUCUUUGGAUUCUUCAGAACUCCGCGAUGACAUUGAUCUUUCGGUUGAUGAGCUUAAAAUUUUUAGUGAGGAAGAGUUGGUAGAUAUGGCCUUGAAAGAAGCUUUUAAGGAUGGUGAGAAUACUGGAAGUUCCCCAGAGCCCUUUGUAGAACACUCAAAUGCAAGAAGAGAAGACGACCUUAGAAUGUGCAGCAAUAAAGAUUCAUGCUCACAAAGCUCUAGAAGAAGAAGGGACACUUCAGCUCCUCUGGAAUUGUCAAAUGGAUCUCAUUCUAGCACCAGUUGUAAUAUAGCUACUAUUAAUAGCAACAAUUCAAAGAAUGGAAAGAGAAGAAAGUCCAAUAAGCAUGAUGUUAAUGAGAGUUACCUGAUGAAGGUGGAUGAUCUGGUAAAAAUAAAACAAAAACAGGAUCAAGACAAAGCAAUGACUCGUCUGCAUUCCUUCAAUUGCAAGAUGAAUUACAGUGGCAUUACUUCUUUAAAUAGAACCAACACAAUGCAAUCUCUCAGGUCUACAAAUUUUGGAAAAAAGCCGAAGUCCUCAGACCUUCAAGAACACAUAGCUGUGAUGCUUCCAGAGGUUGUUAUUUGCGUUGAGAUUUACCACUGCAUUCGUAAAUGGUUUAAGACUCAAGAGUUCUUGGUUCUAGGAGGACAAACCUUGACUGAAAUGAGGGACAAGAUUUAUUGCUUGACAGACCAGAUGAUGCAGAAGGCAGGGCAGCAUGAUCCUUCAGGAUAUUUUCUUGUAGAAGAUGUAUUUUGCAAUGAUUUGAGAGAUACAUCUGCUAUAGAUUAUAGUGAACCUAUAAUUGAUUGGCUUAGAAACAAAAAAGCUGAUGCUUUUAGAAAGUGGGAGUGUAUCAUAAGUGGUGACUUGCAACAAAAGCAGAAAGCAGUUUUAGGCGAAUCAACCACUCCUUGUUUGCCUCAAUUUAGACGUCGCAACAUGCAGAACACACGGUUUUGUGACUUGAGAUUUCGUCUUGGUGCAGGAUAUCUUUACUGUCACCAGGGGGAUUGUAAGCAUACAAUUAUAUUCAGAGACAUGAGGUUGAUUCAUCCUGAUGAUUUACAAAAUCGCGCAGCGUAUCCUAUAGUCAGUUUUCAAAUAAAAUUUCGUACCCAGAAAUGCAUGGUAUGCAAGGUGUAUAGAGCUGUAAAGGUGACUGUGGAUGACAAGUGGGCCCCAGAUAACCCCUGCUAUUUCUGCAAUGAUUGCUAUUACCUUCUUCACCACUCUGAGAAUGGCUCUCUACUGUACAGUGGGUUCUCAGCAUACGAUUAUGUCCAUGAUUAAUUACUCAAGGUCGAGGUGAGGUCUAUGCUUCUGAUUGCUUAAGUUGCAGAGUUGCGGCAGCGACACCAUAGCAUGCAACUGCAAUGACAAGUGCAUGAUCUUAUAAAGCUGAAGUCCAUCAUUAUUAACUUGGAAGAUGGAAUGCUCUCUAUACUGAAAGCGUAAACAAAACUGAACGUUUUGCUGGCUGCUUGAUAUCCGCGUUGGGUGCAUUACUCUUCCAAAGUUUCCAUGCCUUUUUGCAGCUCAAGUUUGCUAGAGGUGGCAAUCACAGCUUUAAGUAAGAAAGCAAGAUUGUGCAGAUUAAACCACAACUGUAAAUUUUGUAUAACAUGAAGGGUGUGUUGUUCCCUUAAAUUUUGAAUUUCUUUUUUAUGGUUUAAAAUAAAAUUUUAUUUUAUAUUUUUAUAUUA